CAGAGAAGCAAAUUGUCUUGACACUUCGUAAGCAGUCAUGGGCAUACCAGCCCCUCUUCUAUGUUAGAUGACAUCAAGACAAUCAAGAUAUCCUUGGAAACCUCAAGAAAAGGGAUCUGUAUCUGCAUCAGGAUGUUCUGAACAGCCACGACUACAGUUAGGAAUGUCUACUGUUACAAAAUGACUAAAGCUAGUUCGGGCAUCUUCCAUUUUGCCGUCGUCUUCAUGUUAACACUUGAGAUCAGAAUUCAGUUAUCUGUAGAAAGUGAACUUGUCGUUGACAGGUCAAAAAAGAAUCUCACCCAUGUUCCCAAAGAUCUAACUCUGAAAACAACAAUCUUAGAUGCAUCACAAAACUAUAUAUCUGAGCUGCAGGCUUCUGACAUCUUGUCACUAUCAAAGCUGAGGAUUUUGAUACUUUCUCAUAAUAGAAUCCAGUAUCUUGACAUCAGUGUUUUCAAAUUCAACCAGGAAUUGGAAUACUUGGAUUUGUCCCACAACAAGUUGUACAAGAUUUCUUGCUACCCGACUGUAAACCUGAAGCACUUAGACCUCUCAUUUAACGAAUUUGAUGUCCUGCCUAUCUGCAAAGAGUUUGGCAACAUGUCUCAACUAGAUUUUCUGGGAUUGAGUGCCACACAGUUGCAAAAAUCUAGCUGGCUACCAAUUGCUCAUUUGAAUAUCAGUAAAGUUUUGCUGGUCUUAGGAGAACUUUAUGGGCAAAAAGAAGACCCCGAGAGCCUCCAAGACUUAAACACGAAGAGCCUACACAUUGUUUUCCCCACACAAAAGAAAUUCCAUUUUGUUUUGGAUGUAGCAGCUAGCACUGCAGUCAGUUUGGAACUGUCAAAUAUUAAAUAUGUGCCAGAUGAUAAUGAAUAUUCUUAUUUCAUGAAUGUUCUGUUAAGGCUUCAGAAGAAUCCAAGGUUAUUAGAUCUUACUUUAAACAACAUUGAAACAACCUGGAAUUCUUUCUUUAAAAUCCUCCAGGUGGUUUGGCAUACGACUAUAGAGCAUUUCUCAAUUUCAAAUGUGGAACUAACAGGUGAACUUGACCACCAAGAUUUUAAUUAUUCUGACACUUCAGUGAAGACCUUGUCCAUACACCAAGUUUUCAGCUAUGUAUACCAUUUUCAACAGGGUUAUGUUUACAAAAUCCUUUCAAAUAUGAAAAUCCAAAAUUUCACCAUAACUGGUACCCGCAUGAUGCACAUGUUUUGCCCUCUCCAAAUUAGCCCACUUGUGUAUUUGAAUCUUUCCAAUAAUCUCUUAACAGAUGAGGUUUUUAAAAAUUGUACAAGUUUGACUGCAUUGAAGACCCUUAUUUUACAAAUGAAUCAAUUUAAAAAACUUGUAAACAUAGUUAAUAUGACCAAGGAUAUGAAGUCUCUACAACAAUUGGAUAUUAGCCAGAAUUCUCUAAGGUAUGAAAAUGAAGGAAAUUGCUUUUGGACUAAAAGUUUAUUAAUUUUAAAUAUGUCUUCGAACAUACUUACAGACUCUGUUUUCAGAUGUAUACCUCCCAGUGUCACAGUACUUGAUCUUCACCAUAACAGAAUAGUGAGCAUCCCUCAAGAUGUCACCAGCCUGGAAGCUUUGGAAGAACUAAAUGUUGCCUUCAAUUAUCUAACUGACCUUCCUGGAUGUGGUACCUUUAGCAGCCUUUCUGUACUGAUCAUUGACUAUAAUUUAGUUUCCCACCCAUCAGCUGAUUUCUUCUAUAGCUGCCAGAAGAUUAGGUCAAUAAAAGCAGGGAACAAUCCAUUCCAGUGUUCAUGUGAACUAAGAGAAUUUAUCAAAAACAUAGGCCAAAUAUCAAGUGAAGUGGUAGAAGACUGGCCUGAGUCUUACAAGUGUGCCUACCCAGACAGCUAUAAGGGAACCCAAUUACAGAACUUUCACAUGUCUCAAUUAUCCUGCAACACAACUCUGCUGAUUGUCACCAUCGGAGUCAUCGUGCUGUUUUUGGCUGUUAUUGUGACCUUCCUCUGUAUAUACAUGGAUCUGCCCUGGUAUCUCAGGAUGGUGUGUCAGUGGACCCAAGCCCGGCACAGGGCUAGGAACAUGUCUUUAAAAGAACUCCAGAAAAAUCUCCAGUUCCACGCUUUCAUCUCAUACAGUGGGCAUGAUUCUGUCUGGGUAAAGAAUGAAUUACUACCAAACCUAGAAAAAGAAGACAUACGGAUUUGCCUCCAUGAAAGAAACUUUGUUCCUGGCAAAAGCAUCGUUGAAAAUAUCAUAAACUUCAUUGAGGAAAGUUACAAGACCAUUUUUGUUUUGUCUCCCAACUUUGUCCAGAGUGAGUGGUGCCAUUAUGAACUCUACUUUGCUCACCACAAACUCUUUCAGGAUGCUUCUGAUAACUUAAUCCUCAUCUUGCUGGAACCCAUUCCACGGUACUCCAUUCCUGGCAACUAUCACAAGCUCAAAAGUCUCAUGGCACAGAGGACUUAUUUGGAAUGGCCCAAGGAGAAGAACAAACAUGGACUUUUUUGGGCUAACCUAAGAGCCACCAUUAAUAUUAAGUUGAUAGAACAAAAUAAAUAGAUCAGAAAUCAAUAGAAAAAUAUUCCUCUUUUCAAUGCUGCUGCUUUUGGAAGUUCCAACGAGUUUCCUUUUUUUGUGUCAGUACUAAUCUGAACAUAAUUUUGAAUUUGUGAUGUCAUUAAAAAUGUGUGCUUUCAGGUGCCAAUUUACUAUUGAUAAGUGGCAAUAAAGUUAAUUAAAAGUUAAUUUCUAAUACAUGACAGAUUCACCUAUUUUUCUGCUAGACCCAAGUUCGGUGAAUUUAUUAUGUAAUCAGGAGAACACCUGUUUAAACAACUCCAGUGAUGCAUACUUUUGUGUAUCAAGGUCAAUGUUAGAAAACUCCACACUUUCGUGUCUAUAGCUGGGUUUCUACAGCAAUGCUGUUGGCACCCUCGCUACAUCCACGCAGCAUUCACCUCUAUAUAUUGAAGUUGCUUUUUGCCAAUGCCAGAGACUCUAUGCCUGAAGGAUUUUCUUUCUGGCCACAAGAACACAGAGGCUUACACAGAGGACAAUCCAAACGUGCCGGAGAGUUAAUGUUCUUGGAAGCAGUCCUUCAACCAAUGUCAGAAAGGGAAUUGGUGAACAAAUACUGCAACUUUCUCACCCAUUUUCUGGGACAACUCUGGGGUGUAUUCUGCAUUCUCCCUGAAUUCCCCAAUAGGCUAGUGUUCUGGUUUCCCACAGUAGAAAUGGCCUGAUUUUAGAGUAUAUUUAUUCCCUUCUUUUUCUUGUCUCAUUUCUCCAUUUCUCUAUGAGUGUUUCCUGGGAUCACCUCUGAAACAAAGUACAUGCAGAUACUCACCUCAGUGUCUGCUUCUGGGGAAAACUAAACAAAGACAGUGUUCCACCUCAAUCCACAUGGAAAUUCUGACUUUGGUCUUGUAUGGCUAAAUAUGUCACUGAAAUUCUAGUUGUACGAACUAGCAUGAGUGAGAGCUUUUGUUCUUUUUAUUGAAAGGAAGAAUACAGUUGACAUACAGUGUUUCUAUUCAGAGUAUCCCACUCUUUGGAGACCUGACAAGUAGGGCAUGAACAGAUUGAAGCAGUUCAAGAAAUGGGCUGUAUGAGUAUUUUUCAUACUCAUGAAACAUCUUCUCAGUCUAUCUUUUUGCUCCAGACAUUGCUGUGGCACCAGCUCUGGACAGGUGCGGACCCAUGGCACCUUGCCUUAGCUACACCAUGUAUCUUUUACUUUAUACCCUGUGGCUUCACUAUUACUGCUACAUGAUAUGCUUAUAGAAGCUAUUUUUGUGCAUGCACAAACUUGGAAGUGCCAGGGAUAUCCCCUGCACUAUCCAUGACCAUUAGGAGGUGAGAGUCAGUGAAUAAAUACUCUUCUAUUCUUGGACAAAUAAAUAUGAGGUAUAAUCUAUACCAUUUCUCAAAGGGUCCUCAACAGGACUGAAUCUCACUUACUAACAGGGAUAACCAGCUCAAUAACUCCCCCUUGGAUUGAUUUUCCCUCUUCCCCUGAUUCAUUCUUCCCAGUCUCCCAGCAUCCCCCAUCACCACGUUGAGCCCUGAGAUUACUCCCCCAAACAAAUUAUCUACACAAAGGCUCUUGCCUAAAUCUCCACUCUUGGGCAGAAACCCAAAUAAGACAGACAUAUACAAUUAGCUUCUGUCCUAAGGAACUUACAGUGAAUCAGAGGACUUAACAUGUAUCCAAAUAACUAAAAUGAAAACCAACUACAAUGGAAGUUCAGUGAUCAUUAAGACUGAGUAAAAAAUACUUUCAUGGAAAUGAUGGUUUUUCCUUGAAGGAAGACUUUAACUUUGGAUUUUUCAGUGUGUGAUAAUGAAGAAUGGAAAGACUGUUCUAAAUAAAGAGUUGAAGAGAGUAAAGUUAGGAAUACCUUAGACUCAUUCUGGGACUGGUCUCCCAAUUUGACUGAUACAUGAGGUUUGUGAGAAAUGACAGUGGGAUAGGGUGAAAAGUUAGAUUGCAACCAUAUUGUUAAGUAUCUUGAAAGUCAGGGUAUAGAGCUAGAAAAUAGGUACAAAGGAAAGUUAUCAUUUAGACUUCUAUAGGUAAAAUGUCUCUAGGCAGAGCAAAUGGUUUGCACUUGACUGUGAACCUAAAGGCUGGUGGUUCGAACCCACCCAGCAGUACCUUGGAAGAGUAGGCCUGGCGACGUGCUUCCAUUAAGAUCACAGCCAAGAAAACCCUAUGGAGCAGUUCUACUCUGUAACACAUGGGGUCGCCAUGAGUUGGAAUUGAGUCAAAUACAACUAACAACAACAACACAAGGUAAAAACUCCUAAACUUCUGUGGGAGCUGAUAGUGAAAAGCACAUUCAAACCGUGAAAUGAAUACUCAAACAGGAUAAGAGCCUUUGUUUCUUAGUAGAAGUUGCCACAUUUGUUAGACUUGGAUUUUCCUGUUUUCUGUAUGAUGAUUGCACUUCCUAUAUUGAACUUCAAGGUUUCGUAAUCAAGUUUCUAACUGUCUAGAAGCAGCAGAAGUUAACUACAAAACUCUAUAGGUGUAAAUAUAUGCUGUUGCCGUUAGGAGUCAUCCAGUCAGUUUAGGCUCAUAGGGACCCCAUGUACAGCAGAAUGAAACACUGCCUGGUCCUGCGCCAUCCUCAUAAUUGUUGCUAUGUUUGAGCUCAUUGUUGCAGCCAAUGUGUCAGUCUAUCUCGUUGAGGGUCUUCCACUUUUUGGAUGGCCUUUUUCUUUGCCAAGCAUGAAGUCCUUCAGGGACUGGUUCAUGCUGAUAACAGGUCAAAAGUACGUGAGACAAAGUCUCACCAUCCUUGCUUCUAAGGAGGAUUCUGGCUGUACACCUCCCAAGACAGAUUUGUUCGUUCUUUUGGCAGGCCAUGGUAGAUUCAAUAUUCUUUGCCCAUACCAUAAUUUAAAGGCGUCUAUUCUUCUUUGGUAUUCCUUAGUCAUUGUCCAACUUUCGCAUGCAUAUGAGGGGCAAUUGAAAACAUCAUGGCUUGGGGAAAACACAACUUAGUCGUCAUGGUGACAUCUUUUCUUUAAAGAGGCCCUUUGCAGCAGAUUUACCCCUACUGCUUCCAUGGGUGUUGAUUGUGGAUCCAAGUAAAAUGAAAUCCUUGACAGCUUCAAUCUUUUCUCUGUUUAUCAUGAUGUUACUGAUUGAUCCAGUUGUGAGGAUUUUUGUUUUCUUUAUGUUGAGGUGUAAUCCAUACUGGAGAGUGUGGUCUUUGAUCUUCAUCAGUAAGUGGUUCAAGUCCUGUUCACUUUCAGCAAGCAAGGUUGUUUCAUCUGCAUAAUGCAAGUUGUUAAUUAGUCUUCCUCCUAUCAUGGUGCUGUGUUCUUUUUCAUGUAGUCCAGCUUAUUGGAUUAUCUGCUUAGCAUACAGAUUGAAUAGGUAUGGUGAAAGGAUACAACCCUGACACACACCUUUCCUGACUUGAAACGAUGCAGUAAUCCCUUCUUCUGUUUGAACAACUAACUGCCUCUUGAUCUAUGCCCAAGUUCCUCAUAAGCACAAUUAAGUGUUCUGGAAUUCCCAUUCUUUGCAAUGUUAUUCAAAAUCUGUUAUGAUCCACUCAGUCUAAUGCCUUAGCAUAGUCAAUAAAACACAGGUAGACAGACAUCUUUCUGGUAUUCUCUGCUUUCAGCCAGGAUCCAUCUGACAUCAGCAAUAAUAUCCCUGUUUCUGGCUUGAAUUUCUGGCAGUUCCCAGUAGAUGUAUUGCUGCAGCUGCUUCUGAAUGAUCUUCAGCAAAAUUUUACUUGUGUGUGAUAUUAAUGAUAUUGUUUGAUAAUCACCACAUUUAGUAGGGCCACCUUUCUUGGGAGUAGGCAUAAAUACAGAUUUCUUCCAGUUGAUUGGUCAGGUAGCUCUCUUCCAAAUUUCUUGGAAUAGAUGAGUGAGUACUUCGAGCACUGCACCCAUUUGUGAAACAUCUCAAUUGGUGUUCCGUCAAUUCCUGGAGCCUUGUUCUUUGCCAAUGCCUUCAGUGUAGCUUGGACCUCUUCCUUCAGUUCCAUGGAUUCCUGAUCUUAUGCUACCUCCUGAAAUGGAUGAACAUCGAUCAAUUCUCUUUGGUAGAAUGACUCUGUGUAUUCCUUCCGUCUUCUUUUGAUACUUCCUGCAUCAUUUAAUAUUUUCCCCAUAGAGUCCUUUGAUAUCACAACUCGAGGCUUGAAUGUUUUCUUCAGUUCUUUUAGCUUGAGAAAUGUCAAGUGUGUUCUUUCAUUUUGGUUUUCUAGCUCCAGGUCUUUGCAUGUAUCAAAGACAUACUUUACUUUGUCUUCUCCAGGAACCCUUUGAAAUCUUCUAUUCAACCCUAUUACUUCAACAUUUCUUUCUUUCACUUUAGCUAUUCCACAUUCAAGAGCAAGUUUCAGAGUCUCUUCUCACAUCCAUUUUGGUCUUUUCUUUCUUCCUUCUCUUUUUAACAACCCCUUGCUUUCUUCAUGUGUGAUGUCCUUAAUGUCAUUCCACAAUUCCUCUGGUAUUCGGUCAUUAGGGUUGAACAUGUCAAAUCUAUUCUGGAGAUGGCCUCUAAACUUAGGUGGGAUAUACUCAAGGCCAUACCUUGACUCUCGUGGACUUGUUCUAAUUUUCUUCAGCUUCAACUUGAACUUGCGUAUGAGCAAUUGAUGAUUUGUUCCACAGUUGGCCCCUGGCCUCAUUCUGACUGAUGAUAUUGAGUUUCUCCAUUGUCUUUUUCCACAGAUGUAGUCAAUUUGAUUCCUGUGUAUUCCAUCUGAUGAGGUUCAUGUGUAUAGUCGCUGUUUAUGUUGUCGAAAAAAGGUAUUUGCAAUGAAGAAGUUGUUGGUCUUGCAGAAUUCUAUCACACAAUCUCUGGCAUUGUUUCUAUCACUAAGGCCAUAUUUUCCAACUACUGACCCUUCUUUGAUUCCAACUUUCACAUUCCAAUCACCAGUAAUUAUGAAUAUAUCCCGAUUGCAUGUUCGAUCAAUUUCAGAUUGCAGAAGUUGGUAAAUAUCUUCAAUUUUUUCAUCUUUGGUCUUAGUGGUUGGAGCAUAAAUUUGAAUAGUAAUCAUAUUACUUAGUCUUCCUUUUAGGCAUAUGGAUAUUAUCCUAUCACAGAUAGCGUUGUAGUUUAGGAUAGAUCUUGAAAUGUUCUUUUUGACAAUGAGUCCAUUCCUUUUCAAGUUGUCAUUCCCGGCAUCGUAGACCAUAUGAUUGCCUGAUUCAAAAUUGCCAAUACCAGUGCAUUUCAGCUCACUAAUGCCUGGGAUAUCAACGUUUCUGGGUUCCAUUUCAUUUUUGAUGAUUUCCAAUUUUCCUAGCUUCAUAUUUUGUACAUAUAUGUUCCAAUUAUUAAUGGAUGCUUGCAGUUCUUCUCAUUUUGAGUCAUGCCACAUCAGCAAAUGAAGGUCCCAAAAGCUUCACUCCAUCCAUGUCGUUAAGGUCAAGUCUUCUUUGAGGAGGCAGCUUUCCCCCAGUUGUCUUCUGAGUGCCUUCCAACAUAAGGCACUCAUCUUCUGGCACUAUAUCAGACAAUGUUCUGCUGCUAUUCAUCAGGUUUUCACUGGCUAAUUCCUUUCAGAAGUAGACCACCAAGUCCUUCUUCCUAGUCUGUUUUAGUCUGAAAGCUCAGCUGAAACCUGUCUGCCAGGGGUGACCCUGCUGGUAUUUGAAUACCAGAGGAAUAGCUUCCAGCAUCACAGCAACAUGCAAGCCCUCACAGUAUGACAAACUGACAGACAUGUGGAGGCAAUAUGACGCAUAUGAGGCGAUUGAAAAUAUCAUGGGUUGACUCAGGUGCGCCUUAGUCCUCUAAGAGACAUGUUUGCAAUAUGCUGUUUGAUUUCUUUAUUGCUGCUUCCAUGGGCGUUGAUUGUGGAUCCAAGGAAAAUGAAAUCUUUGAAAACGUCAUUAUUUUCUUCAUUUAUCAUGAUGUUGCUUAUUGGUCCAGUUGAGAGGAUUUUUGUUUUCUUUAUGUUUAGGUGUAAUCCAUACUGAAGGUUGUAGUCUUUGAUAUUCAUCAGUAAGUGCUUCAAGGCCUCUUCAAUUUCAGCAAGCAAAGUUGUGUCAUGUGCAUAACUCAGGUUGUUAAUGAGUCUUCCUCCAAUCUUGAUGCUGUGUUCUUCUUCUUAUAGUCCAGCUUCUCAGAUUAUUUGCUCAGCAUACAGAUUGAAUAGGUAUGGUGGAAGUAUACAACCCUGACACACACCUUUCCUAAUUUUAAACCACACAAUAUCGCCUUGUUCUAUUGAAACAACUGCCUCUUGGUUUAUGCAUAGGUUCCACAUGAGCACAUUUAAGUGUUUUAGAUUUCCCACUGUUUGAAAUUUUACACAUAAUUUGUUUUAAUUCCCACAGUUAAAUGCCUUUGCAUUGUCAGUAAAACACAGGUAAACAUCUUUCUGGUAUUCUCUGCUUUCAGCCAAGAUCCAUCUGACAUCAGCAAUGAUGUCUUUCAUUCCACAUCCUUUUUUGAAUCUGGCUUGAACUUGUGGCAGUUCUCUGUCAAUAUACCACUGUAAUCGCUUUUGAAAGAUCUUCAGCAAAAUUUUAUUCGCAAGUGAUACUAAUGACAUUGUUUGAUAAUUUCCACGCUCUGUUGGAUCACCUCUCUUUGAAUGUACACAAAUAUGGAUCUCUUCUAGUCAGUUGACCAAAUUUCUUGGCAUAGAUAAGUGGACGCCUCUAGCAUUGCGUGGGUUUGUUGAAACAUCUCAGUUGGUGUUCUGUCAGUUCCUGGAGUCUAGCUUUUUUUUUUUUAUGCUCGUGGAUUUUUUUUUUAGAUAAUUUUUAUUGUGCUUUAAGUGAAAGUUUACAAAUCAAGUCAGUCUGCCACAUAUAAACUUAUAUACACCUUACUGGAUACUCCCAUUUACUCUCCCCCUAAUGAGUCAGCCCGCUCCCUUCUUCCAGUGUCUCCUUUUGUGACCGUUUUGCCAAUUUCUAACCCUCUCUACCCUCCCAUUUCCCCUCCAGACAGGAGAUACCAACACAGUCUCAAGUGUCCACCUGAUACAAGUAGCUCACUCUUCAUCAGCAUCUCUCUCCAACCCAUUGUCCAGUCCCUUCCAUGUCUGAUGAAUUGUCUUCGGGAAUGGUUCCUGUCCUGGGCCAACAGAAGGUUUGGGGACCAUGACCGCUGGGAUUCUUCUAGUCUCAGUCAGGCCAUUAAGUCUGGUCUUUUUACGAGAAUUUGGAGUCUGCAUCCCACUGCUCUCCUGCUCCCUCAGGGGUUCUCUGUUGUGCUCCCUGUCAGGGCAGUCAUUGGUUGUGAUCGGGCACCAUCUAGCUCUUCUGGUCUCAGGAUGAUGUAAGUCUCUAGUUCAUGUGGUCCUUUCUGUCUCUUGGGCUCAUAGUUAUUGUGUGACCUUGGUGUUCUUCAUUCUCCUUUGCUCCAGGUGGGUUGAGACCAAUUGGUGCAUCUUAGAUGGCCACUUGUUACCAUUUAAGACCCCAGAUGCCACACUUCAAAGUGGGAUGCAGAAUGUUUUUCUUAAUAGAAUUCAUUUUGCCAGUUGUGGAGUCUAGCUUUUUGCCAAGUUCUUCUUUGCAACUUGGACCUCUUCCUUCAAUAUCAUUGAUUUUAUCAUAUGCUACCUCCUGAAAUGAUUAAAUGUCAAACAGUUCUUUUUGGACAGUGAUUCUUUGUAUUUAUUCCUUCUUCUUUUGAUGUUUCCUGGGUUGUUCAAUAUUUUGCUUAUAGAACUUUUCAGACUUGCAACUGGAGGCUUGAAUUUUUUCUUCAGUUCCUUCAGCUUGAGAAAUGCAGAACAUGUUUUUCCCUUUUGGUUUUCUAACUCCAGGUCUUGCACAUUCCAUUAUAAUACUUAAGUCAUCUUGAGCCGCCCUCUGCAAUCUUCCGUUCAGCUCUUUUACCUCAUCACUUCUUCCUUUCUCUUUAGCUACUCUUUGUUUAAGAACAAGUUUCAGGGUCUCUUCUGACAUCCAUUUUGGUCUUUUCUUUCUUUCCUGUCUUUUUAAUGACCUCUUGCUUUCUUCAUUUGUGAUGUCCUUGACAUCAUCCCACAACUCGUCUGGUCUUUGGUCAUUGGUGUUCAAUGUAUCAAGUCUAUUCUUGAGAUAGUCUCCAAAUUCAGAUGGGAUAUACUCAAGACUGUAUUUUGGUUCUCACAGACUCUUUUUAAUUUUCUUCAUCUUCAACUUGAACUUGCAUAUGAGCAAUUGAUGUUUUUUUCUGCAGUCGGCCCCUGGCCUUGUUUUUACUUAUGAUGUUGAGCUUCUCCAAAAUAUAGUCAAUUUGAUUCCUGUGUAUUCCAUCUGGUGAGACCCAUGUGUAUAGUCUCUAUUUAUGUUGUUGCAAAAAGGUAUUUGCAAUGAAUAAGUCAUUGGUCUUGCAAAAUUCUAUCUUGUGAUAUCUGGGAUUGUUUCUAUCAUCAAGACCAUUUUUUUUAUGUAUCUAUGUAUGUAUUAAAAUAUAUCCGUAAGUUUAUAUAUAAUGUUUUCAGCCCCCAAAGACAAAUAAAGAUCGGGUUUAUAAAGACACUGAUAAUAAAAGGCAAUAAUAAUGAAAAAAAAAAAAAGAGGUAUUCAAUGUUAGUCAAAAUGACUUACCAUGUAAUUGUUGGAACAGAACCCCGUCUUAAGUCAGGUACUACCUGUAUAUGCAAUAGUGUGCUGGUCAAUGUUUAAACCAGGUUCUCUGAAAUAAAAAAAUGUGUUGUUAAAACUUCUAAGUUUAAUCUACAUUACUAAUAUUUUUCCAUUACUUUCAUAAGUCUAGAAAACUAAUAAAAAAAAAAAGAUAAAGUGCUGAUUUAUACAGUUUGCCAGUUUCCUUGGUGUAAAUACUCCCACCAUGACUUAUUUCAAGCUACCAAUGUGAUGUCACUGAACUCGGAGUUGGGAAGAGAUGCACAGUAGCCCACCAUUAAAUAGUACCUUCAUCGUAUUUAUGUAAUAGACAUAUAAUAAUCUCAAGAUCAUAGAUAAUAAUAAAAUGUUGCAAAAUAAUUAGAAAGUGAUAGCUUUUGAGUAUUUAUUACCUUUGUUUUUAAUAUAGCUUAUUUAAUUGCAAUAGUAUAUAAUUUUAAUAAGGGUCAUUCUUAAUAACUAGUUCACAAAAUUCCUGAAAAUUUAAUGCUUCACAUCAUGAGCUAGUUCUGGGCAGAUCCAGCACACCACAGGUUGUCUGAGAAGGUAACUUUGUAAGAAGGAUUCAGUGUGCAGUUUUUUUCAUAUUCAAUCAAAAACAACGGCAUGUAUUCUGGAUGCAAACAAUGAAAUUCGGGGGAUUCUUUAUGCUGAUCAUGCUUGUUACAUGAUUCAGUUUUUUCUAACUCUGCCUAGGCUAAAUGCUAGCCAACUGAUUAAUAAAGACAUAACAAUAACUAUCACCUGGAUGAAAAUUCCAGGCUUUCUCAUUCCCUUCUCAAUGCUUUUCCUUUUGUCCCUCCCUUGUUUAGCCUAUAUAUUUUAUUUUCUCUGCCCAUUUUCUCUUUCCUUUUUCUCUCUAUUGCCUUCCUAUCCUUUGCCUCCCAUCCUGUUUUUCUCCAUUUUCCUCUUCCUAUUCAUUCUCCUUUGUUUUCUCCUUUUGAUCUUCUGUCUUCUCUGUUUUUCACCUCUAUUUUCUUUCUCCUUUUCCCUUUAAUCUUUCUUUAAUAUUUGUUUAUCCUCUGUCUUCUCUCCCCCAUUCCAACCUUAAUUUUUUUUUCUCUUGUCUCUAAAGCUUAUAGGGUAAUUUCUGAGGAAACAAAUCCUGAUAGAUGGUUCUAUAACAGUAUCAUUAGCAGAGUAAGCAGGAUUGGUUGAGCAGUGGAGCAGGAGCUGGAGUCAGGGAGUAGCAAGUUGGGGAAAUGAGAAGUAUUACUAUCUGGCAUCACUGGGGGGAAUUUUGUGGGUGAAUCAGAGUUCCAGCUUGUUUGUAGGAUGGUCAUUUAUGAACUUAAGGCUCUAGUCCUAAGCUGUUCAAUAUGGUAGCCACUAGAGGGUCAGCCAAAAUGAGGGAAACCAUCAAUGAGAUGGAUUGACACAACCACUGAAACAAUGGACUCAAACAUAGCAAUGGUCAUGAAGAUGGUGCAGGACUGGGCAAUUUCAUUCUUUAUCCAUAAGGUUGCUAUGAAUGGGAGCCAACUCAACACCACCUAACAACAACAAGAAGCUAUAUGUGGCUGUUGGACAUUUAAAUGUGGCAUGUUUGAAUCAAAAUGUUCUGUUAAGUGUGAAACAUGCCGUAGAUUCCAAAGACAGUACAAAAAAGAGUGUAAAAUAUUUUGUUAAUAAUUUUUUAAAAAUUGAGGAUUUUAAAUAAUAUUGUUAUAGGGGUUAAACAAAGCAAUUAUUAAAAUCAAUUUCAUUUGCUUUUGGUCUUUUUCAGUGUGGUUACUAGAAAAUUUUAAAUUACUUAUGUGACUCUCCUUAUUUUUAUAUUCUAUUGAAUAAUGCUGCUCUAGUCCUUGAUGACGUUUACCAAAUCUCUGCAAAGUCUUCAAUUAGGUUCCCACAACAUAUCUAGGGCCAUUUAAAUUUACUUAUUUGAACUAAAAUGUUCUUUCCUUACCGUCACCAAGUAUAGUAAAUGAAUGGUAAACUAUUUGGAUUUUCUAGCCAUGUGAGAAUCCUAUUAUCUUUUAUUUAUUUUUUUCAGCAGAAAAAUAAUGUGUCAGUAUUUUCGCUUCCUUAUACCUUUAAUUGGAGCUCUCAUGGUGCUGUGACAAAGAGCUAUGGCUGCUAACCAAAAGGUCAGCAGUUCAAAUCCACCAGCUACUCCUUGGAAACCCUAUGGGGUAGUUCUACUCUGUCUUAUACAGUUGCUAUGAGUCAAUAUCGACUUGAAGGCAAUGGGUUUUUUUUUUCCUUUUUUUAUAUGUCUUUCAUUGGAGUCCCUGGGAUGCAAAGAGUUAACAUGCCUCGGCUGCUAACUGAAAAGUUGGUGGUUCAAAUCCACUCAUAAGCACCUUGGAGGAAGGUCUGGCUGAUUUACUUCAGAAAAAAUCAACCAUUGAAAAUCCUAUGGAGCACAGUUCUACUUGGACACACAUGUAGUCACCAUGAAUUAGAAUCAACUCAACCACAACUGGUUUAUAAUUUUAACUAAACUAAAAGAACUUUUUCAAUUAACACAUGCUUCAUACUAGACAGUGAGCAGCAAGAGAGCUUGGUCUGCAGUGCUCUUUAAAAGGUAAGCAGCCCCAGGACCUUCCUUCCACUAGAAUGGGCAGCCUUGGGUCAUGUGACUUUCUUACUUGCCUGGAUUAGGGAUCUAGGCCCAAACACAAACAAGACACAAAGCAAGCCAGCAGCCUAUGAGGUGGUUUGAUGCAGUCCUCUGCCCAAGAGAGAUGCUCCAUUUUGGAUAGUGAAACAAAGGUCCAAUCAGAUUUUUCAUCUUGGGGGUAAUACCUCAGUCCUGCCCAGAAGCUAUGACACUAAAAGAAGGCUGUGGAAAGAAGUAGAGGCAAUGGCCACAAUAAAAAGAAGCUGGGAGUAGAAAGAGAAGCAGAUUGAGAAAGAGGCAGAGUCAAAGAGAAGCUGAGUCAUAACUAGAGUAGGGAACAACCUAAGUCCUAUUGGAGGGCAAACAAAAUGUCUGAACACCAGGGCAGCCACUGGGUGUCCCGAGAUGACAGUGUUCAGGUUUUGGUAAGGACUGGCCGUAUCGCUGCUGUGCUUCCUUAUCUCCUGUAGUAUCUUUAAAAUAAACUUCCACCUACUUCAGGUAACCCAAGGCUCUCUGUUCAUUGCAAUUUACAUGUGAAGACAGAAGUAUGGCAGGCAGAAGUCUGGAAUUAGGAGAAGGUAUGAAAUGAAUGCAAGUCUGUGUUUGUGUGUGUGUGUGAUUGAGAGAGACAGAGGCAGAGAAUUGAGAUGGAGAUAUCUGGUUGAUAUCUGAAGCACAGGAUAAGAGGAAGAAAAAGGAUAGAAAAAGGGGAAAGAUUGAAAGGGAAGAAAACAAUUACAUCCCAAAGUUACCAGUACAUACUAUUCUGAGCAUACUACUCUUGUUGCUAAUUGGGAAUAAGGAUUAUAAAAAAAGAAAAAAAGGAUUAUAGCUACUAGAAAUUUCAGGUGAAAUAAAUAAAUAAAUGUUGUUUUUAUUAGUUGCUCUUGAAUCGGCUCCAACUCGUAGCAACCUUAUGUGAUAACAGAUGAAACACAGGCCAGUGCUGCACCAUCUUUGUGAUUGUUGGUAUGUUUGAGUUCAUUGUCUUGGCCACUCACGCAGGGCCUCCCUCACCUUCUCCUACUCUCCAGUUUACAACCACGAAAGCGAGCUGAAGUCUCACCAGCCUUGCUACUAAGGAAUAUUCUCAUAUUUCUCCUAAAUAAAGAAUAUAAGUAAAAUAAAUAAGAAAUAAAAUAAGUAAAGAAAAUUUCAUUCACUGACAGUUGAAACAUGUUCAGUUCUGGAAAAAGAAUGAAUAUGUCUUUGGACACCAAAAACCCCAAAAUGAUUAUUCUUCCUUGAGAGGUUAAUAUAGAAUGUGAAUGUGCUGAUCAUAGUAGUUUGAGAAUUUCUGAGAUGAAAGAUAUUUUAAAGCUUAGUUCAUCCAACGAGCUAGGAAGACUCUCUCUGACGUUCCUGAGGGGUGUGUAUCCCAUACUUAUUUUCUUGUGUACAUAUAUGUAGACGUAUUUGUAUAUGUUUAGGUGGGCAGGAGAGCAGAUUAGUUGUUUGAUUAUUUUUGUUUCUAUUUUGCUUUCUAAAGUUCUUUAUUGUAUAAUUUUUUUCCUAUAAUAUUUGUAGAAAUGUGAGCCCUACAUUUAUAUAUUAAAAAAGACAUGAUUAUAAAAAAAAAUCAUAGUUUCAAGAUCUUCCUCCUCAAUUUCUCAUUUAUGUUGUUAACAGCCAUAGAGUUGGCUCUGACUCAUGGUGACCCCAUGUACAACAGAAGGAAACAUUGCCUGGUCCUAUACCAUGUUCGUGAUCCUUGGUGUGUCUGUGUCCAUCAUUGUGGUUACUGUGUAUUUUGAGUGGCUUCCAGCCUAGGGGCUCAUCUUCCAGCACCAUAUUGGACAAUAUUUUGUUGCAAUCCAUAGGGUUUUCACUGGUUAAUUUUCAGAAGUAGAUUGCCAGGGAUUUCUUCCUAGCCUGUCUUAGCCUGGAAGUUCUGCUGAAAUCUGUCUACUGUGGGUGGCUGUUAUGGAUUGAAUUGUGUUCCCGCAAAAUAUGUGGUAUAAAUUCCUAACUUGAUGCCUGUGGUUAUAAUUCCAUUUGGGAUUGGCUUGUCUUCAGGGGCCUAUAACAGAAGAUAAUGCCUAAGGCAAUUAGUGUUAAAUUGUUGAAUGAUCUCUCACAACUGGAGAUGGAAACUGUGAUGGCCAAUAGAAAGUGUUCAUUGGCACGCUGCCUCAAACAGCACCCAGGGCACUCACCCUACCUGUGCCACCCCCCACCCAAGGCCUCUGGUUGUCUUUGUUAUGUUAAUGAUGCAAGAUUAGUGUAGGAUGUUCUUGAGUCAAUCUCUUUGGAGGUACAAAAGAAAUUCAAUAAGCAAGCAAGCUAGCAGUGAUGGGGGAAGAGAGAUGCCAAGCUACAUGCAGAAGCUCAGAGAGACAAGGACUUUCCUCCAGAGCCAGCAGAGAGAGAAAGACUUCCCCUAGAGAUGGCACCCUAUGUUUGAACUUCUGGCCUGUUAAACUGUGAGAAAAUAAAUUUUUGCUUGUUAAAGCUAUCCACUUGUGGCAUUUCUGUUAUUGCAGUGCUAGAUAACUAAGACAGUGACCCUGAUGGUAUUUGAAAUACUGGUGGCAUAGCUUCCAGCAUCACAGCAACACACAAGACACCCCAAUACCACAAACUGACAGAUUGGUGGUCGAUCAUUUACAUAAACCUAUCAAAAUCAUCCCCUUUUUAAGUGUCCAUUCCUCCAGGGGAAAAUUCAUUUGGAAAUUUCAUCUUCACUGGUGAUCUCCAAAAGUGUCACUUGAAUCUUAAGCAUAAAUAAAAACAUCUCAGAAACUGUUGCUUUAAAAAAAUUGAUAUGUACUCUGCAAUCUACAUAAAAAAUACAAAGCUUAUUUUACCACUGCACUUCAAGACAAGGCUUCUAGCUAACCUCUCCCAUCCUGUUCCAAUCACGUAAUGCUGAAAUUAUGGAGCCAACAUUCCUAUUCCUCUCAUCACCACUUGGCUACCGUACCCAAUUGGUGGAUAGGAUAAAUGACCUGAGCCUUGACCCAUCAAAGUCAGAUAAGAUUACAGUAAGUCUCCAGGGCUAUAAACGUCCGACUUAUGGACAACUUGUACUUGCCCUUUAGUGUUAUAUAAACUUGCCCUCACUUGUUCAUGGAUUGAAUUGUGUCCUCCCAAAAUACAUAUGUCAAUUUGGCUAGGCCAUGAUUCCCAGGGCUGUGUGAUUGUCCACCAUAUUGUCAUCUGAUGUGAUUUUCCUAUGUGUUAUAAACCCUACCUCUGUGAUGGUAAUGAGGUGGGAUAGGUGUCAGUUAUAGUAAUGAGGCAGGACUCAAUACACAAGAUUGGAUUGUGUCUUGAGCAAAUCUCUUUUGAGAUACAAAAGAGAGAAGUGAGCAGAGAGACAGUGGGACCCUGUACCACCAAGAAAACAGGGCCGGGAACAGAGCUUGUCCUUUGGACCUGGGGAGAAACUCCUGGACUGGGGAAAGAUUGAUGACAAGGACCUUCCUCCAGAGCUGACAGAGAAGGCCUUCCCCUGCAGCUGAUGCCCUGAAUUUGGACUUCUAGCCUACUAGACUGUGAGAGAAUAAACUUCCGUCUGUUAAAGCCAUCCACUUGUGGUAUUUCUGUUACAGCGGCACUAGAUGACUAAGAUACGUUCAAACAAUUGAACUAACCCCCACUUGCAACAAAUUCUUCAUCACAACCACCGUCACUUGCUGCACACGCAGAUUAAAUCAUUGAAAGGGCUUCGAGCUGUUUCUUGCACUAAAUUAAGGCUAAAUAAAUAUUCUCCUGUUUGGACUUACCUACGAAUUCUUAAAUACACACCUAGGAACAGAUCUCGUUCGUAACCUGGGGACUGCUUGUCUCAUGCAAUGCCACCAGCAUGCAGUAGGGGGCAAAGAGGAGUUCAAACUUCACAGUAAAGCUUGAUUCAACGCUCUCCUGUAGCCAGUUGUGGCCCUGUCCUUGACUCACCCACACCUGCAGCUCCGACUGAGCUGGUGCCAGCCAGAGGGGUUUUGAACUCAUCUUCAUCAUUCAUACAUGGGAACCAGUGAUAAAAGUGUUGGAAACAAGAUGAGCAUCCUGGAUUGGACCCUUCCCGUAUCCUGCCCACGCUCCCUAUAAUCAUUUGGAAUCAGGACUCUACCCGCAGUCUCUCCCCACUGCCAAAACAUUCUGGAUUCGCCCCCUGAUUCCCUUCUGUAAUACAACAUUCUCAUCCUCUGAUUGCCUCAGAUGCAUGUGAAAACUGGGCAAUGAAAAAUGAAGAUCGAAGGAGAAUUGAUGCAUUUGAAUUGUAGUGUUUGCAAAGAAUAUUGAACAUACCAUGGACUGCUAGAAAAAUGAACAAAUCUGUCUUGGAGAAAGUACAGCCAGAAUGUUCCUGUGAAGUGAGGUUGGUGAGGCUCUGUCUUGCUUACUCUGGACAUGUCAUCAGCAAAGACCGAUUGCUAGAAAAGGACAAUCAUGCCUUAUAUAGUAGAGGUUCAAUGAAAACGAGGCUAACCCUCCAUGAGAUGGACUGAUAUGGUGGCUGCAACAAUGGGCUCCAACAUACCAGAGAUUGUGAGGAUGGCACAAGACCCGGGAACAAUGUUUUGUUCUGUUAUACAUAGGGUCACCAUGAGUGCGAGCUGACUCAGCAGCAACUAACAACAAGCUGUGGUUCUCAAAACCUGGACCCUAUUCUUCGAUGGAGAUUGCUUGUUGCUUAAGAGCAAUUCUCAUCAUUUAAUGUGUAACUCUGGAGCCCUGGUGGCGCAGCGGUUAAGAGCUUGGCUGCUAUCCAAAAGGUCAGCAGCUGAAAUCCACCAGCCACCCUUGGAAACUCUAUGGAGCGGUUCUACCAUGUCCUGUAGAGUUGCCAUGAGUCGGCAUCCAUUUGACAGCAACACGUAGUACGUAACUCAAGUGCUGCUGAUCCUCACCAGCCUAUGACUACAAAGAAAGCACACCAACAACAAUGAUUCUUGUUCUUGUCCCUGCCUACUUCAGCAGGGUUCCUAGCCCUCAUGCAAAGCUCUCCAUGGGUAUGCCCACAAGUUCCCAAAAAGUCUUGGAUGUGCUCGUCCAUCACACCAUUUGGUGCCAUGGUAGACUACUUCUACUCUCUGUUCUUAUACCUGGGGACUUUGAACAUCGUUGAAAGAGCCUGUCACUACUGACAUAGCUGAAUGGAGGUGCCUUCAAGACAAUGCUAACGUCCAUGCUAUUUGUGCUUUUCCCAGUAAUCCCAAAUCCAAUCACUCUUGAGAUGAGGAGCCAUACUGAGCCCCUAUAGCAGUAGGUUCAACAUCUCCCUCCUCAAAACUGGUUUCAGUAUCUCUGCAUCCCAAAGUGGCAGUAUUAGGAUCCAGAGUCUCAUCAAAUCUCCCACAAAAUCCAUUAGUUCAGCACUCACCACCCCCCUCCAAGGGGGAUCCAAAGCAGUCCAGCACCCCACCCCUUCCGUUGUCCUUGUCCCUUCCCAUCUCUUCUUUCCAACCCCCCAAAUACCUCUCCUUCCUCUUACUGUGCAUAUAGAUGGGAGGGAUGAAUAUCACCCAAACAGCCAAACUUUUAUUACAAGAUUGGUUCCAGCUAGGACACACUACUGCAUAUCUUAUGCAAGUAGGAUGAGGAGGCUUGUCCCCUUAGGACGCCCAAACUAAAAAAAAAUACAUAUAUAUAUGUGUGUUUAUAUGUAUAUUUAUUUGGAUCCACAAUCAACAGCCAUGGAAGCAGCAGUCAAGAAAUCAAAAGACAUUUUGCAUUGUGCAAAUCUGCUGCAAAGGACCUCUUUAAAUGUUGAAAAGCAAAGAUGAUACCUUGAAGGUUAAGGUGUGGCUCACCCAAGCCAUGGUAUUUUCAAUCGCAACAUAUGCAUUGAAAGCUGGACAAUGGAUAAAGAAGAUGGAAGAAGAAUAGAUGCCUUUAAAUUGUGGUAUUGGUAAAGAAUAUUAAAUAUACCAUGGACUGCCAAAAGAAUGAACAAACCUGUCUUGGAAGAAGUACAACCAGAAUGCUCCUUAGAAGCAAGGAUGGUGAGACUGCAUCUUACAUAAUUUGGACAUGUUGUCAGGAGGGAUCAGUCCCUGGAGAAGGACAUCAUGCGUGGUAAAGUACAAGGUCAGUGGAAAAGAGGAAGACCAUCAAUGAGGUGGAUUGACACAGUGGUUGCGACAAUGGGCUCAAGCAUAACAAUGAUUGUAAGGAUGGCGCAGGACUGGGCAGUGUUUCAUUCUUUUGUGCAUAGGGUUGCUAUGAGUCGGAACCAACUCAACGGCACCUAACAACAACAACAUAUAUAUCAAAAACAAAUUGCCAUUGAGUUGAUUCUGACUCAUGGCAACCCCAUGUGUGCAGAGUAGGAUGGUGCUUCACAGGGUUUUCUUUUUUUUAUUUUGUUGCUGUUGUUGAGAAUAUACACAGCAAAACAUACACCAAUUCAACCGUUUCUACAUGUACAAUUCAGUGACACUUAUUACAUUCUUUGAACUCUGCAACCUUCUCGCCUUCCUUAUCUGAAUUCUUACUCUCUGUUAACGUAAACUCACCACCCCCUAAAUUUUCUGUCUAAUCUUUUGAGUUGCUGUUGUCAGUUUGAUCCCAUGUAGAUAGUUCUUAAAUGAGUAUAAUGCUUAAGGCAGACAUUAUUUACUAGUUAAGCUAAACUAUUGUCUGGUUUUAAGAAGACUUCAGGGGAUAUUUUAGGUUUAAGGUUUAAAGAUUAUCUCAGGGCAAUAGUUUCAGAGGUUCAUCCAGCCUCCAUGGCUCCAGGAAGUCUGGAGUCCAUCAGAAGUUCAAAUUCUGUUCUGCAUUUUUCCCCUUUUGAUCAGGAUUCUUCUAUAGACUCUUUGGCCAAAAUAUUUAAUACUGGUAGCCAGCCAGGCACCACCCAGUUCUUCUGGUCUGUUGGCAAAUGAGGCAGCUGUUCAUGGAGGCAAUUAGCCACACAUUCCAUUUGCUCUUCCUAUUCCUGACUUUCUUCCUCUGUUGCUCCAGGUGGGUAGAGACCAAUUAUCAUGGCUUAUAUGACCACUUGCAAGCUUUUAAGACCCCAGGCACUACGCAAUGAACUAGGAGGCAGAACAGAAGCACUAAACAUGUUAUUAGGCCAAUUAACUGGAAUCUCCCAUGAAAACAUGUCCCUAAUCCUCCAAAUCAAGAAACCAAAUCCCAGGGGGUUUUUGGUUAUACAUAAGCAGGCUCUGCAGCUUUUUUCUUUUUGUAAAUAUAUGUAUCACACAACUUUUCCAGUUCUACUUUUCAUAGGUGUACAAGUUAUUGGUAACAAUUACGAUAAUUGGCUGUCCAACCCUACCUUAAAUCAAUGUGAUUUUUCUGUCAUUGUCAACACUGCCUUUCCUCCUCCCUUCCACCCCUGGUAACCACUAAUCAACUUUGGUCUCUAUACAUUUGCCUUUUCUUAUCUUUUCAUGUAAGUGAGGUUGUACCAUAUCUAUCCUUUUGUGAUUGGCCUAUUUUGCUCAGCAUAAUGCCUUCAAGCUUCAUCCAUAUUGUAGCAUGUAUCAAGACUUCGUUUCUUCUACUGGCUGAAUAGCAUUCCAUUGUACGUAUGUACCAAAUUUUUUUUAUCUGUCAUUUUUUGAUGGGCAUUUAGGUUGUUUCCACUUUUUGGCUGUUAUGAAUAGUGUUGCAAUGAACACUGGUGUACACAUCUCUGUAUAAGUCUCUGCUUUCAAGUCUUCUGAGUAUAUGCCUAGGAGUGGAAUUGCUGGGUCAUAUGGUAGUUCUGUUUUUAGUUUUUGAGGAACUGCCAUACCGUUUUCCACAACGGCUGUCCGAUUUUGCAUUUCCACCAGCAGUGGAUGAGGGUUCCGAAUUCCCCACAUAGUCGUCAACAUUUGUUAUUUUCUAUUUUUUAUCUUAGUCUUCCUAAAAAAAAAAAAAAAAAAAAUUUUUUUAGUCUUCCUAGUGGGAGUGAAAUGGUAUCUCACUGUGGUUUUGGUUUGCAUCUGUCUGAUGGCUAAUGAUGUUGAGCAUCUUUUCAUGUGUUUGUUGGCCAUUUGAAUAUUCUCUUUGGUGAAACUCCAUAGGGUUUUCAAUGGCUGAUUUUUUGGACAUAGAUCACCAGGACUUUCUUCCAAGGCACCUCUGGGUGGACUCCAGACUCAAACCUUCAACUUUCAGGUUAGCACCCCAGCGCAUUAACUGUUUGCAUCACUGGAGUUGCCCUGUUGUUAGAACCUUAUAGAAAACUUACAGAGUCAACAUCCUCCUUGGCAUUUACAAGCAGGGAGCUGGUAAGCGUUAAGCUGACUGAUGUAAUAGGUAAAAAAAAGGAUAUAAUUUUGUUUUUAAUUUUUAAAUCUGUCUGCCUUAAAACUCAACUUGAGGCUCAAGAAGAAAAAGGACAAAAAUGAUAUAGGAAGAUCAUGAAAAAGGAAUCCCUCCCCCCCACCCAAAAAAAAGUACCAAGAGAAAAAGAAAGCAUAGCAGGACAGCUACAAUGCAAAUUCUCAUUUUGCAGCACAGAUCUAUCACCAUACAGCAAAGCCUGACAGAAGCUAAACUCUCAACAUUGUGGUUAGAAGCAGUUUCACUUCAUUGGUUACUCUCUGAAGCCCCCUGCACUGUGGAAAGGAGAAGUCCAAGGUAUUAAAAUAGAUCCCAUUGUGCAUGCAAGGGUAACGCUACCAGCAAGCAUCUCUUCCUGUUAUUCUACUUCUUCAAUUCUCAGGUUGGUUCUUUUUCAGCCCAUUUAUAUGGACUCUCUUAGACACCCUGAGCUGGCUUUUAUAAAUUGGAAUCGACUGACAACAACAGGUUUUUUUUGGUUUGUUUCUUUGUUUUUUGGGCGGGGGGGCGGUUUAUGGAAUGUUUGCUAAAACAUUUGACCUCUUAGUGUUUUGUAAAUUCUGUAAUAAAUUUUCUCAUGAGCUCUUGUGCCAGAGAUGUAAAGGGAAGAUCCAUUCUGACCUUCUCCACAGCUCACCGUGACCAGGACACCUGCUCCUUCAGAAUCAGUCCUCAGUAGGAUGAACUGCAAGACACUAGCGAGAUGGCAAGAGAAAGCUAACUGUGUUGGUUUUGUUUUGAUUUUCGUUUUUCUUCCUUUUUACUACCUCCUAAAUAGAAUGGGGCUGUUUUUCAGAUCUACUUAAUUCUUACUCCUGUCAGAAUCAGAAACAAUGAAGAAUUGCUGAAAGCCAUAGUCUAGCUGGAGUCCCCAGGUGGGGUAAAGGGUUAAAGUGCUUGGCUAACAACCAAAAGGUUGGAGAUUUGAGUGUAUCCAGAGAUGCCUCGAAAGAAAGGCCUGGUGAUCUACUUCUGAAAAGUCAGCCACUGAAAAUCCUAUGGAGCACAGUUGUACUCUGACACACAUGAUCACCAUGGCCAGAAUCCACUAAUAAACGACUGGAUUUUUAUACUCUAGCUAGAACCUCGGUACAGCAUCAACAUCACCUAGGCGCUUGUUGGCAAUGCAGAACUUCAGAACCCAUCCUAGACCUACUGAAUCAAAACCUGCGUUUGAACAAGAUCCUGGCUGAUGUGGUCACGUUAAGGUGAGAAAGCUUGUCGGACAGAACAGUACAGAUGACGGAGAGGUCUCUGAGUUCAUCUUUCUCCACCACACUGUCAGCUGAAUAAACAUGGGCCCUCUUCCAAAGAUUUCUUCCACCUGAGCUUAGAACUGCUCAUAGGCUAAUGCCAUUUUCUGCAUUAGGAGCAGCAUGAUCAAUAGAUCCCAAAGAAUUUCUUCCCCUUUCACAAGAUUUUUCAUAAAACCUAUAAAGCCAUUAAAACUUAGCUGCACAAAGGGUGAUUUUAGAGAUCAUCUAAAUGAGUGGUCCCCACCUUCAAGGUUGAGGAUUGCUGUAUAAUAACAGUUGGCAUUUACUGAACACUUACUAUGUUCUAGUUCUGCCCUGUGCUCUAGGGUCUCUGUGAGUUGAAAUUGACUGAACAGCAAUGGGUUUGCUUUAGGCACUAUUCUAAGAACCUGCAGAUACUUUAGUUAUUUGAAUCUCACACCAAUUCAAUGAGGUAGGUACUAUGUUGUCUCUAUUUUGUAGACCUACCUAUGACAGUAAUUUUGUUUGUAGUAUUUGUUGGUUGAGAAAAUCCAUAUUCAUAAGAAACUACUAAUAUGAACUUAGUCACUUGUGAGGACUCCCUGUGUGGAGCAAAUGGUUAAUGAACUUAGCUGGUACUUGAAAGGUUGAAAGUUCACCCAGAGGCACCUUGGAAAAAAGGCCUGGUGAUCUACUUCCAAAAAAUCAGCCAAUCAAAAUCUGUGUUCACACAAUUCUACUCUGACACGCAUGGGGGUUGCCAUGAGUCAGUCUGGAAAAUGCAUUUGUAUUUAAUUAAGUCCCAAAACUUCCAUAUGUAUAUUUAGGAAAAGGUACUGAACCGAACCCUAACCUGUUGCCGUCGAGUCGAUCCUGACUCAUAGUGACCCUAUAGGAAAAUGUAGUGGAGGUGUAUAAGACAUGUUAUCUAUCCAGCCUCAGACUAUGAUUGGGCAUAUAUAGAUUUGGCGACCUUUGGCAAUAGCUCCAGGGCUCUUCAAAGGAGUCAUAGCCACAGGCUGGCAACCCACAAUAUAAAUAUGCACCCCAAAAGCUUUGUAGAUGACAUAAAUACAGUCCUGAACACACAUAAUUUCAUCUCUAAUAAUUAGCAGAAUCAUGGCUACUUUGCUUUGUAUAAGAGAUUUUUGGGAAGUAGCAGAUGAGAAAACUGACCUCAGAGAAGUUGACUGACUUGUCCAUGGUUUCACUUCUAGCUUGAAAAGCUACACGGUAGAAACAAACAUAGCCCACAGUUGGUCUCUUCCUUCUGUUCUUCAACCUAUAUAGGAAGGUUAAUUUUCCUAAAACACAGUUCUGCUUGGUUUAUUCCCCAGCUAAAAUUGCCUCCAACAACACCCAUCUGGUUAUGUAAAAUAAAAGCCCAUUCUGCUUAUCUUGGUGUUCAAAGCAAAAUCUAACCUCAGCCAACCUGCUUGCUGCUAACCACUUCAUGUCCCCUAUGCUCUAGCCAGCCUAUUCUUCUUGUCUUCAGUGCUGCCAGUGGACAAUAAUGGCCUCAGAGGGCACCUGUAGGGAGGCCAGCUAGUAUGGCCUUGGUGAAGACACUAGAAUGCAGGGUUAGGUCCUACACACAGGUAAAAAAGGCUGGGCAAGUAAUAGAAUUCUCUCAAGAUCAAGCACAAGUUUGCUGUGAGAAGCAGAAUUACCAGGUUGACCAAAUAAGCACACAUGCUGGUGGGUAGUCUCUCCCACAAGCCCUCACUGGGAAAAAUAUCAUAAUCAGACAGUUGCUUGCUCAGCACAUGUCUUGGCCAUUUCUUGUUUCUGGUUCCUCAGUAUCAAUCACCUCUUCUACAAGUACAUCAUUUCCUUGUCAGGCAUUCUUUCUUCCCAUUGUCUAGAAUACACUACCAAGAUUUCUGCCCUCUUCUAGUUAGUGGGCCGAGGUGACCCAGGCUAAGACGAUUGGAUGCUCUCUUCCUGGCAUUUAAAUCUUGAUCAAAGGAUCACAGAAACAGAAAAUAAUUCUAUUUUUUUCCUGGAGUGGACUUUGAGUCCUACCUUCCAGAAAUAUCCUGGCUUCUGCCUGUUUCCAAGUCUCUGUCCUUUUUUGAUUCCUUAAGGCUUGAUCAUCCUUCAAAAAAAUAAAUAUCCCUUUUGAUUACGUUAACAUACUAGUCACCUAUUGCUGGAACAAUGCUGUGUUAAAAAACAAGCCUCAAAAACUCACAGGUGUAUAGCAACACAAUUUUAUUUUUCUAAGUCACAGAUCUGUUGGUCAGCCAGGGUACUUCUGCCUCAGACUGGUUAGGUCUGUCUUCUGCUCUCAUUUGAAGACAACAGCUACUCAGUGCAUGCUAUUAUUAGAUGGAAGACGGCAAGGCAAACCACACAAACACAUUUAAAGCCUCUGGGUAAGCAUUGUUAUGGAUCGAAUAUGUGCUGUAAAUCCAAACUUCUAUGCCUGUGGUUAUCAUCCCAUUUGGGAACGAGUUGUCCUUGUUAUGUUAAUGAGGUAGGAUUAGCCUAGGAUGUGUCUUGAGUCAAUCUCUUUUGAGAUAUAAAAGAGUUUAAACAACCAAGAGAGAGAAGCAGAGAUGGGGGGAAGAGGGCUGUCAAGCCACAUGAGAUCAUCCAGGAGCAGAAGCUUAAAGACACAAGGACAUUCCUCCAGAGGUGACAGAGAGAGAAAGCUUUCCCCUAGAGCUGGCACCCUGAAUUCAGACUUCUAGCCUCCUAAACUGUGAGAAAAUAAAUUUCUGUUUGUUAAAACCAUCCACUUGUGUUAUUUCUGUUAUAUUAAAAAAGCAAGACAAGCAUAAUAUGUGUUAUGCUACAUCCCAUUGGUCAAAGCAAGUCACAUGGUCAAGCUUAAACUCAGCUGGGGAGAGGUGUGUAGUCUGCCUACUCUAAAGGCCAGUUGCCAAUGAGUCAACUCUGCUCCACAGGGUUUCAAUGGCUGAUUUUUUGGAAGUAGAUCCAGGCUUUCCUUCCUAGGCACCUCCGGGUAGAACCAAACCUUCAACCUUUUGGUUAGCAGCCAAGCACGUUAACUGUUUGCACCAUCCAGGGACAUCACUCUAAAGGCAGACACCACAAAGUCACAACGUAAAGGGCAUAGAUGUAUUAUUCUAUUAUAAGGAGUCGGUGCAAAGUUGGGAACAUUAAUUUGUCUUAGGCUGGGUUCUCUAGAGAAGCAAAACCAGUAAAGUGUAUAAAUAUGUAUAUAGAGAGAUUUAUAUCCAGGAAACAGCUCAUGCAAUUGUAGGGAUUGGAACAUCCCAAGCCCGUGGGUCAGAACAGAGGCUUCUCCCGAUUCACAUAGCUGCAGGGGCUGGCGGACCCAAGGUUGGUAGGUUGGAGAGCAGGGCUCUUGCUCACAGGCUAUGAAGAUCAACAAAUCCCAAGACUGGCAGGCAAGCUGAUAGCUCAAGUCCCAAGAACCAGAGGUGAAACAAACAGGAGGCAGCCACAGGAUCCAGAGUGAGCAAAAAGCCAGAAUAUCUGCUUAUAUUCGGAUGCAGGCCACACCCCCAAGGAAACUCCCUGUCAACUGAUUAGCUACUCACAGCAGAUUCCAUCAUGGGAGUGAUCACAUAUAAACACUGAGAUCAUGGCCCAGCCAACCCGACACAUAAUCUUAACCACCACGCCAACCUGCCUUGGUGAACCAGAGAGUAAUAAAACAUUAAUAGAUGUUAAUUUUAACAUACUCGAAUUUAUCAAUCUUUUCUUUUAUAAUCUGUACUUUCUGAGUUUUGUUUAAGAAACUCUUCUCUGACCCAGGAUCAUCAUAAAAAUAUUUUUCUUUUAUCUUGUUUUUCACACUUAAGUCGUUAGUCCAGAGUACGGGUGAGGCAAGGAUCCAGUUUUAACCAAUUGUUCCUGUGGUUUAUUGAACAAUUCAUCCUAUUCCCACUGAUCUGCAAUGCCAUCUUCACCAUGUAUCAAGUUUCUGUAAAUGCAGGUAUCUUUCUGGACUUUAUUCUAUUGCAUUGUUUUGUCAAUCUCUAUGUUGACAUCUCACUUUAUAAAGUAAUUCUUCUUUCUUUAUUUAUUUUUAAUAAUUUUUAUUGUGCUUCAAGUGAAAGUUUACAAAUCAAGUCAUUCUGUCACAUAUAAACUUAUAUAUAUCUUACUCCAUACUCCCACUUACUCUCCCCCUAAUUAGUCAGCCCGCUCCCUCCUUCCAGUCUCUCCUUUUGUGACAAUUUUGCCAGUUUCUAACCCUCUCUACCCUCCUAUCUCCCCUCCAGACAGGAGAUGCCAACACAGUCUCAAGUGUCCACCUGAUACAAGUAGCUCACUCUUCGUCAGCAUCUCUCUCCAACCCAUUGUCCAGUCCCUUCCAUGUCUGAUGAAUUGUCUUCGGGAAUGGUUCCUGUCCUGGGCCAACAUGAGGUUUGGGGACCAUGACCGCCAGGAUUCCUCUAGUCUCAGUCAGACCAUUAAGUCUGGUCUUUUUCGAGAAUUUGGGGUCUGCAUCCCACUGAUCUCCUGCUCCCUCAGGGGUUCUCUGUUGUGCUCCCUGUCAGGGCAGUCAUCGGUUGUGGCCGGGCACCAUCUAGUUCUUCUGGUCUCAGGAUGAUGUAAGUCUCUGGUUCAUGUGGCCCUUUCUGUCUCUUGGGCUCAUAGUUAUCGUGUGACCUUGGUGUUCUUCAUUGUCCUUUGAUCCAGGUGGGUUGAGACCAGUUGAUGCAUCUUAGAUGGCCACUUGUUAGCAUUUAAGACCCCAGAUGCCACAUUUCAAAGUGGGAUGCAGAAUGUUUUCAUAAUAGAAUUAUUUUGCCAAUUGACAUAGAAGUCCCCUUAAGCCGUAGUCCCCAGACCCCCGCCCUUGCUCCGCUGACCUUUGAAGCAUUCAGUUUAUCCCGGAAACUUCUUUGCUUUUGGUCCAGUCCAGUUGAGCUGACCUUCCAUGUAUUGAGUAUUGUCCUUCCCUUCACCUAAAGUGGUUCUUAUCUACUUACUAAUCAGUAAAUAACCCUCUCCCACCCUCCUUCCCUCCCCCUUGUAACCACAAAAGUAUGUGUUCUUCUCAGUUUAUACUAUUUCUCAAGAUCUUAUAAUAGUGGUCUUAUACAAUAUUUGUCCUUUUGCCUCUGACUAAUUUCACUCAGCAUAAUGCCUUCCAGGUUCCUCCAUGUUAUGAAAUGUUUCACAGAUUCAUCACUGUUCUUUAUUGUUGAGUAGUAUUCCAUUGUGUGAAUAUACCACAAUUUAUUUAACCAUUCAUCCGUUGAUGGACGCCUUGGUUGCUUCCAGCUUUUUGCUAUUGUAAACAGAGCUGCAAUAAACAUGGGUGUGCAUAUAUCUGCUCGUGUAAAGGCUCUUAUUUCUCUACGGUGUAUUCCGAGGAGUGGGAUUUCUGGGUUGUACGGUAGUUCUAUUUCUAACUGUUUAAGAAAACGUCAAAUAGAUUUCCAAAGUGAAUGUACCAUUUUACAUUCCCACCAGCAGUGUAUGAGAGUUCCAAUCUCUCUGCAGCCUCUCCAACAUUUAUUAUUUUGUGUUUUUUGAAUUAAUGCCAGCCUUGUUGGAGUGAGAUGGAAUCUCAUCGUAGUUUUAAUUUGCAUUUCUCUAAUGGCUAAUGAUCGAGAGCAUUUUCUCAUGUAUCUGUUAGCUGCCUGAAUAUCUUCUUUAGUGAAGUGUGUGUUCAUAUCCUUUGCCCACUUCUUGAUUGGGUUGUUUGUCUUUUUGUGGUUGAGUUUUAACAGAAUCAUAUAAAUUUUAGAGAUCAGGUGCUGGUCAGAGAUGUCAUAGCUGAAAAUUCUUUCCCAGUCUGUAGGUGGUCUUUUUACUCUUUUGGUGAAGUCUUUAGAUGAGCAUAUGUGUUUGAUUUUUAGGAGCUCCCAGUUAUCUGGUUUCUCUUCGUCAUUUUUGGUAAUGUUUUGUAUUCUGUUUAUGCCUUGUAUUAGGGCUCCUAACGUUGUCCCUAUUUUUUCUUCCAUGAUCUUUAUCGUUUUAGUCUUUAUGUUUAGGUCUUUGAUCCACUUGGAGUUGGUUUUUGUGCAUGGUGUGAGGUAUGGGUCCUGUUUCACUUUUUUUGCAAAUGGAUAUCCAGUUAUGCCUGCACCAUUUGUUAAAAAGACUAUCUUUUCCCCAAUUAACUGACACUGGGCCUUUGUCAAAUAUCAGCUGCUCAUAUGUGGAUGGAUUUAUAUCUGGGUUCUCAAUUCUGUUCCUUUGGUCUAUGUGCCUGUUGUUGUACCAGUACCAGACUGUUUUGACUACUGUGGCUGUAUAACAGGUUCUAAAAUCAGGUAGAGUGAGGCCUCCCACUUUCUUCUUCUUUUUCAGUAAUGCUUUACUUAUCCGGGGCUUCUUUCCCUUCCAUGUAAAGUUAGUGAUUUGUUUCUCCAACACAUUAAAAAAUGUCAUUGGAAUUUGGAUCGAAAGUGCAUUGUAUGUAUAGAUGGCUUUUGGUAGAAUAGACAUUUUUACUAUGUUAAGUCUUCCUAUCCAUGAGCAAGGUAUGUUUUUCCACUUAUGUAAGUCCUUUUUAGUUUCUUGCACUAGUACUUUGUAGUUUUCUUUGUAUAGGUCUUUUACAUUUUUGGUAAGAUUUAUUCCUAAGUAUUUUAUCUUCUUGGGGGCUACUGUGAAUGGUAUUGAUUUGGUAAUUUCCUCUUCGAUGUUCUUUUUGUUGAUGUAGAGGAAUCCAAGUGAUUUUUGUAUGUUUAUCUUAUAACCUGAGACUCUGCCAAACUCUUCUAUUAGUUUCAGUAGUUUUCUGGAGGAUUCCUCAGAGUUUUCUGUGUAUAAGAUCAUGUCAUCUGCAAAUAGAGAUAAUUUUACUUCCUCCUUGCUAAUCCGGAUGGCCUUUAUUUCUUUGUCUAGCCUAAUUGCUCUGGCUAGGACCUCUAGCACAAUGUUGAAUAAGAGUGGUGAUAAAGGGCAUCCUUGUCUGGUUACCGUUCUCAAGGGAAAUGCUUUCAGGCUCUCUCCAUUUAGAGUGAUGUUGGCCAUUGGCUUUGUAUAGAUGCCCUUUAUUAUGUUGAGGAAUUUUCCUUCAAUUCCUAUUUUGGUGAGAGUUUUUAUCAUAAAUGGGUGUUGGACUUUGUCAAAUGCCUUUUCAGCAUCAAUUGAUAAGAUCAUGUGGUUUUUGUCUUUUGUUUUAUUUAUAUGGUGGAUUACAUUAAUGGUUUCUCUAAUAUUAAACCAGCCUUGCAUACCUGGUAUAAAUCCCACUUGGUCGUGGUGGAUUAUUUUUUUGAUAUGUUGUUGAAUUCUAUUGGCUAGAAUUUUGUUGAGGAUUUUUGCGUCUAUGUUCAUGAGGGUUAGAGGUCUGUAAUUUUCUUUUUUUGUGAUGUCUUUACCUGGUUUUGGUAUCAGGGGUAUGGUGGCUUCAUAGAAGGAGUUAGGUAAUAUUCCGUGGUUUUCUAUGCUUUGAAAUACCUUUAGUAGAGGUGUUAACUCUUCUCUGAAAGUAGUAGAGGUGUUAACUCUUCUCUGAAAGUUUGGUAGAACUCUGCAGUAAAGCCAUCCGGGCCAGGGCUUUUUUUUUUGGGGAGUUUUUUGAUUACCGUUUCAAUCUUUUUUUUUUGUUAUGGGUCUAUUCAGUUUUUCUACUUCUGAUUGGGUUAGUUUAGGUACGUAGUGUUUUUCUAGGGAUUCAUCCAUUUCUUCAAGGUUUGCAAAUUUGUUAGAGUACAAUUUUUCAUAAUAAUCUGAUAUGAUUCUUUUAAUUUCAGUUGGGUCUGUUGUGAUGUGGCCCAUCUCGUUUCUUAUUCGGAUUAUUUGUUUCCUUUCUUGUAUUUCUUUAGUCAGUCUGGCCAACGGUUUAUCAAUUUUGUUAAUAUUUUCAAAGAACCAGCUUUUGGCUUUGUUAAUUCUUUCAGUUGUUUUUCUGUUCUCUAAUUCAUUUAGUUCAGCUUUAAUUUUUAUUAUUUGUUUUCUUCUGGUGCCUGAUGGAUUCUUUUGUUGCUCACUUUCUAUUUGUUCAAGUUGUAGGGACAGUUCUCUGAUUUUAGCUCUUUCUUCUUUUUGUAUGUGUGCAUUUAUCGAUAUAAAUUGGCCUCUGAGCACUGCUUUUGCUGUGUCCCAGAGGUUUUGAUAGGAAGUGUUUUCAUUCUCAUUGCAUUCUAUGAAUUUCUUUAUUCCCUCCUUAAUGUCUUCUAUAACGCAGUCUUUUUUGAGCAGGGUAUUGUUCAGUUUCCAAGUAUUUGAUUUCUUUUCCCUAAUUUUUCUGUUAUUGAUUUCCACUUUUAUGGCCUUGUGGUCUGAGAAGAUGCUUUGUAAUAUUUCGAUGUUUUGGAUUCUGCAAAGGUUUGUUUUAUGACCUAAUAUGUGGUCUAUUCUAGAGAAUGUUCCACGUGCGCUAGAAAAAAAGUAUACUUUGUAGCAGUUGGGUGGAGAGUUCUGUAUAAGUCAAUGAGGUCAAGUUGGUUGAUUGUUGUAAGUAGGUCUUCCGUGUCUCUAUUGAGCUUCUUACUGGAUGUCCUGUCCUUCUCCGAAAGUGGUGUGUUGAAGUCUCCUACUAUAAUUGUGGAGGUGUCUAUCUCACUUUUCAGUUCUGUUAAAAUUUGAUUUGUGUAUCUUGCAGGCCUGUCAUUGGGUGCAUAAAUAUUUAAUAUGGUUAUGUCUUCCUGAUCCAUUGUCCCUUUUAUCAUUAUGUAGUGUCCUUCUUUAUCCUUUGUGGUGGAUUUAAGUUUAAAGUCUAUUUUGUCAGAAAUUAAUAUUGCUACUCCUGCCCUUUUUUGCUUAUUGUUUGCUUGAUAUAUUUUUUUCCAUCCUUUGAGUUUUAGUUUGUUUGUGUCUCUAAGUCUAAGGUGUGUCUCUUGUAGGCAGCAUAUAGACGGGUCGUGUUUCUUUAUCCAGUCUGAGACUCUCUGUCUCUUUAUUGGUGCAUUUAGUCCAUUUACGUUCAGCGUAAAUAAUUAUAGUUAAGUAUGUGUUUAGUGCUGUCAUUUUGAUGCCUUUUUAUGUGUGUUUUUGACAAUUUCAUUUUUCCACUUACUUUUUUGUGCUAUGACGUUUUUCUUUGUAAAUUGUGUGUUCCUCAUUUUCAUUGUGUUUGACUUUAUGUUUGCUCAGUCGUUAUGUUUUUCUUGGUUUUUAUUUUGAGUUAUGGAGUUGUUAUACCUCUUUGUGGUUACCUUAAUAUUUACCCCUAUUUUUCUAAGUAAAAACCUAACUUGUAUUGUCCUAUAUUGCCUUGUUUCCCUCUCCAUAUGGCAGUUCUAUGCCACCUGUAUUUAGUCCCUCUUUUUGAUUAUUGUGAUCUUUUACAUAUUGACUUCAAUGAUUCCCUGUUUUGAGCGUUUUUUUGUUUUUAAAAUUAAUCUUAAUUUGUUUUUGUGAUUUCCCUAUUUGAGUUGAUAUCAGGAUGUUCUGUUCUGUGACCUUGUGUUGUGCUGGUAUCUGAUAUUAUUGGUUUUCUGACCAAUUUCCUUUAGUAUUUCUUGUAGCUUUGGUUUGGUUUUUGCAGAUUCUCUAAGCUUGUGUUUAUCUGUAAAUGUUUUAAUUUUGCCUUCAUAUUUGAGAGAGAAUUUUGCUGGAUAUAUGAUCCUUGGCUGGCAGUUUUUCUCCUUCAGUGCUCUAUGUAUGUCAUCCCAUUGCCUUCUUGCCUGCAUGGUUCCUGCUGAGUAGUCUGAACUUAUUCUUAUUGAUUCUCCUUUGUAGGAGACCUUUCUUUUAUCCCUGACUGCUUUUAAAAUUUUCUCUUUAUCUUUGGUUUUGGCAAGUUUGGUGAUAAUAUGUCUUGGUGAUUUUAUUUUUGGAUCAAUCUUAAAUGGGGUUCGAUGAGCAUCUUGGAUAAAUAUCCUUUCAUCUUCCAUGAUGUCAGGGACGUUUUCUUCCAACAGAUCUUCAACUAUUCUCUCUGUAUUUUCUGUUAUUCCUCCCUGUUCUGGGACUCCAAUCACAUGCAAGUUAUUCUUCUUGAUAGAGUCCCAGAUGAUUCUUAGGGUUUCUUCAUUUUUUUAAAUUCUUUUAUCUGAUUUUUUUUUCAGCUAUAUUGGUGUCAAUUCCCUUUUCCUCCAGAUCCCCCACCCUGCAUUCCAAUUGCUCAAGUCCGCUCCUCUGACUUCCUAUUGAGUUGUCUAAUUCUGUAAUUUUACUGUUAAUCUUUUGGAUUUCUGAACGCUGUCUCUCUAUGGAUUCUUGCAGUUUAUUAAUUUUUCCACUAUGUUCUUGAAUAAUCUUUUGAGUUCUUCAACUGCUUUAUCAGUGUGUUCCUUGGCUUUUUCUAUAGAUUGCCUUAUUUCAUUUCUGAGGUCAUCUCUGAUGUCUUGAAGCAUCCUGUAUAUUAGUUUUUUAUAUUCUGCAUCUGGCAAUUCCAGGAUUGUAUCUUCAUUUGGGGAAGAUUUUGAUUCUUUAGUUUGGGGAGUUGUAGAAGCAAUCAUGGUCUGCUUCUUUAUGUGGUUUGAUAUCGACUGCUGUCUCCGAGCCAUCUAUAAGAUAUUGUAGUGAUUUAUUCUAUAUUUGCUCUCUGAGUCUUAUCUUGUUUUGUUUUCUUUCAAUAUACGUAGAUGGGCUACUAGAUUGCGCUAUCUUGAUUGCUGUAGCCCUUGACUCACUUAUGUCCUAUUACCAGCUGGUUUGGGCUGUUACCAGAUAUAUAAGCCCAAGAGUCCAUUCACUAUUCUUGAGUAGAAUCUGAGUUUGGGUCAUCAAGUGUGUGACGCACACUGUCACCUAUCCACCUAGAGAAGUAGUGGUGAUAGUUGUAUGCACCAGAUUCUAGUAGCAGCAGGGUUUCACACUCCAGGGGGUGCAGAAUGCUGACAGGCUUCCCCCAAGUGCCAGUGAGGUAGGUGUGUCUCUGUUCCUAAAGCACUUUGGUGGGUGGGCUCUGCAGCUGUAUCUUAGGCCCCCAAUGCAAGUACCUCUACAGAUUGGUAGGUGUCAUCCUCCUUAGACCCCUAAGGCAGGAGGCUAGGUGGUCUGGGGGGAGCUUCAGCCCUCAGUUCCCUGUUGUGGGUCAGUGAGGGCUCUGUUGAAUACGCAGAGAUCUCAAACCUGGGAAACAUGUCUUUCCAGUAAUCUGCUAAAACAAUUACAGUCAGAUCCCUAUCAGAAUUGCCUUUGCAUUAUAAUAGCCACCUUGUUCCCCGUAGGGGUGAAAGCCCAAGGCUGUGGAUCACAUAUGUUUGGCUGGAGCUGGUUCUGUGUUUUUAGUCCAAUUAGAGAAGGAUUUUUGGUCCCUGGGUUUUUUGUAGCUGCUUCUCUCAGGCCAGGAGAAUGGGUUAGGAAAAGACCAAAAAAAAAAAAAAAAAAAAAAAAACUGCAGCACCUUCACUCUCUGGCUCAGGAAAUUCCAAUGUUAAUGAAGCCACCUGGGAAGGGGAGGGGAGGGUUCAGAUAAAUAGGAGAGAGUAAAAAAAAAAAAAAAUGGAGAGAGUAGCACCCCGGAAUAUAGACAAAGUUACUUAUCUUGCUUGGGAUGACUGUUUUAUCUGAGAUUCCCGAGGGGUGUGUUGACUGUGUGAGCUGGCUGGGUAGAGAUUGCCCCUGAGGGUCAAGCCCGCGUCCUGUGCUUGUGCUGUCUCAGAAGCCGUGGUCAGUUCCUCUGUUCCCAGUCCAAAGCCCAGCGCCAAGGUUCCCUGGCUGGGACGCCACACUCCAGGCUCCAAAACCAGUCACUGCCUCCUGGUGACUACUCCUCCUUUCAGCUGCGUCGCUGCUCUGCCUGCGUGCACUGGCUGGGCUUCCCCCGAGGUCA